GAGAAGUUGAGCAUGAGCAGAUUUUGGCUGUGAUUAAAGAAGUAGACAUUGUGAUAUGUGCACUUCCAUUCCCUCAAGCUAUGGAGCAACUCAAAAUCAUAGAAGCUAUCAAAGUUGCUGGUAAUAUAAAGGAAUGUAAGUGGUUUCUCAGGAAGUGGAGAAGGAGUCUUGAAUCUCUGCACAAGACAAUUGAUAUUAAUUAGUGUAUAUGAAUUCCAAAUGUUGGAGAAAAUCAAAAUUCAUUAAAUUUAAAUAUUACUGUUUCCCAGUCUCUUGUGAUAUGGGCACGAAUAAUGUGGGUCAUCAUCCAGUGCAUUACAUAGUAUCCGCACUCAUAUGACCCACUCUGUCUGUUACACUACAAUAUAUCAUCACAGUUGUAAAUAGUUAGUGAAAAUCAUUAAAACAAAAAAACUAUAAGAAGGUAUGGCUUUAGCAUAUGUCAAACCUUGAGAACAACCCACGCAAGCUUUCUACCGUUAGUAGUUGAUCUCCUAACUAACAUCAUACGUGCUGCAAUAGAACUAUAUAAAAAAAACUUUUAGCAUUCAUUUAUAUAACAAAUAAAGUCCAAACAUUGAGGUUCUUACCAAUCAACUGCUUGUUUGAGAUGUUUGGGAGGAGACUUGUGCAAUGAGUAGAACCACAAAGCAUAGCUCUCCGGUAUGGAAAUAACAAGUAGCUGCCAAUGGUGCCUGAAAUUGAUAAUAACUUAAUUUUUAUAUAUUAAAAUCACAUAUAGAUCUUUAUGAAGUUAACAAACUUCACUUACCCAGAUAUAUAAGGAAUAAAAUAUAUUUCCUUCUCACUUCCAAAUCUGUUGGUGAGAUAUGUUGUGAUGUCAUCAAAAUCAUUUGCUUCGUGAAUGACUUGGGGAUCAAUUAACCCAUAAACAUCAUUGUACCCCAAGUUGUUACUAACACCAAGCAUAUACCUGAAAUAAAAAAAUUACCUUUGAUAUAAUUAUACUUGAUAUAUAAAUCAAUUUUAUAUAAAUAAUUGCUCAUAGACUUACAUCAUCCAUAGAUGAAUUAAUGUAAUAUUCAACUCUUCUCUUCCCGAUGCAAGCUCCCCGACAUAUUGGCUAUGCAAGUAUAUUGGGACCUCAAAGCCUCUCCCAAAUACAUUGGCAUCAUAUUCAACCUUCAUAGGCUCAUCUUUAAUGAUGUCACAAAGUUGCUGCAAUGCACCAAUAGGAUCGUCCUUAGAUAAAUGAAUCUUCUCUUGUUCAUACGUCUGUUCUUACAUGGAAAAAUAGGAUAAGUUUCGACAUCAAUAACAUGUAAAAUUUAAAAUUGACAAGUGUAAAGUAGAAGUCCAUACUGGGGAGUCAGAAACCGAACCAACCAAGUGUUUAGGCCAAGCGAUAAAAGUCUGGAAUGCCUGUGCCAUAGUGAAAAUCUCAUUUGUGGGCAGAGAAAUUGAGGCAUCUGGUAUGAUAAUAUCGUCUACUAAGACCUUCACCUCAUCCUCUGAUAGCUCCAUACCAUGAACAAUAGUCACUGCCUUAAACACUGUUCCACGAGCUACCAGCAUCGUCCCGGUACCAUCUAAAACGUAUAGCAGACAUGGACUAUCAUCGUCCAUGUCAUCCCUUGGGACGACUGGUGCUGAACAACUUCCUUUCCCGCUUCUCCCGGUUAGAGUAAAGGUUAGAUUAUAAAAAUAAUAAAUUAUUGAACAUAAAUGUUUAUUGAUUUUACCUGUGGGAGGCACAAUAGGUUCCUGUACUGGAGAUGGCUGCGGACGCAUCCCAUAACUCUCAAAUUGUUGUUGGAACUGGCGCAUAACUCUAUCAGUCACUUCUGUAGUGACUUCAUCAUACAAUUCUGUCCUAAGCUCCGCCCUAAGCUUUUUUGAGAUCUCUUGUGUCAGCCUUUGUUCUUGUUCUUCGUUGUAUGAUACAUUCAUACAAAAUUAUAUGAUCCUAUUAAAAAGUAAACUUUAAACAUUAAUAUAAGAACCUGAUAGUGUGAAAAAGCCAAUAACAAAGGACAACCCGCGAACGGUAGAAAAUUCAACUCUGCAAAAUUCAAACCUACAAAAAGAAAUAUUAGUUUUACAAACAAAAUCAAAUAUCAAAACGCAACAAGAAAAACUAACAAAAAAUUACCUCUAAGGAACAGAAUCGUAAAUCCCAAAUAAAAAAGACGUUUGGAACAAUUUUGAUCGGUUAAAAAGCUUCCUAAACGUUGACGACGGCCAUGGCAACAAGAAAAUCCAAAUUAAAACGGUGAAAAAUGAGUGGAAAUGGAAGAAGAAGGCAAUGGCAGCUCUCGAGAGGAUGUGUAGAAACUGUUUUACGCGAAGACGACGACACUAUUCCUUCGCGUUUUCUUUUUUUUAACCUACUAAAGGUUAUUACCUCGGUUCCCACUAAAACUGAGGCGAUAAAGGUAAUACGGCCUCGGUUCCCCACACAACCGAGGCCUAUUCUCUUUAAAAAAAAUUAAAAAUAAAUAUGAAAUGACAAUUUUGAAAUUUUUUUCAACUUUUUUAUCUCGGUUCCCGCCAUAACCGAGGUCAAAUCUUUUGUUAAAAUUUAAAUUUUAUUUAAAGAUUUAAAUUUGUUCAGAUCAGGCUUUAUGACAUCGAUUUUCAAGAGAACCGAGGCCAAAUCCCUAACUGUCUGACUACCACCUUUAUGACAACAGACUAUAAAUGUGGAAUGUCAGAUUCUUGCAAGGGUUUUUGGCUUCGGUUCUGCAGAAAAACGAAGCCAAAAGCCCCACACAGGGAUUUUCAUCAGACAAGCUGACUUAUUUGUCAGUUUCUUCCAGUAGUUUUUGACCUCGGUUCUGCAGACAACUGAGGCCGAAAGCCCUGCACAGGAAUUUUCAUCAGACAGCUGACUAGUUUGUCAGUUUCUAGCAGAGGUUUUUGGCCUCGGUUAUGCGGACAACCGAUGCCAUAUACCCUUUAUGACGUCGGUUCGGAAGCAACCGAGGCCUAUACUGUCAAUAAAAUUUCAAAAAUGUCACCCGCGUCAUUUUAUGCUUCGGUUAGUGAUGAAUUGAGGUAUAGACGCGGUAAUAUUUUUUUUUUUACUUGUGUCUGAUAAAAUGGUGUUGCAGAGAUUCAUUCCAACAGGGUUUGGUUCAGAAGAAGAGAGAAUAAAGGCUCUUCCUCCAUUCCAAGCUGUGCUUGAUGAGAAAAGAAAGAUCAGAGAGAAGAUUGAAGCUGCUGGAAUCCCUUAUACUUCUGUCAAUGCAAAUUGUUUUGCUGCAUACUUCAUAAACUAUUUGCUUCACCCACAUCAGAAUGUGAAAGAUAUUGUUGUUUAUGGUACUGGUGAAGCCAAAGCUGUACUAAAUUAUGAAGAAGACGUGGCUACACUACAAGAUUUUUGCUUAUUACCGAAGGUUAAUUACCGAAGACCUAGGGACCGUCGGUAAAUAAAGUUUUUCGACGGUCAAAAUGAGCAUUACCGAGGGACAUGGUGAAAUGAAUUUACCGAAGGUCAAAAGAGCAUUACCGAGGGGUUUGGGGCCUUCGGUAAGAGGCUCGACCCCUUAAACUGAGUAAUUGGGCGUAUUGGCAUAGGUCGUUCCUAAUUUCGUAAGACAACACCCUAUUCCCUCUCUGUUCUCGCGCCCAAUUUUGUAAAAGGUAAACUCUGCGUUGUGCUCCCUCAUCCCCUCCCUAUCCGUUCUUGUCCCCAAUUUGUGCUUCCCAUUGUCGUCGCCCAAGUUUGUCUUCCUCUCCCUCUCCCUUUCCCGUAUGUCCGGUUAGAUUGUGGGGGUAGGGUUCAGUGGUGUUCCAGCAGUGCAUUGGCAUUGCCGUUAAGAGGGUGGUCCGUUAACAUUACGAGGUCUACGAAGGCGUAGAGAGGAGGGUGCUCCCGUGACGUGAGGGCGGCUGUCGUUGUCAAGGGAGGCUAUUGGGAGACGCAUUGAGAAGUUGCUGGUGCUGAAGUAGUGGAGUGUGCUUGUGUGAUUGGUCUCUCUAAUCUCAAGGUGAGUUUUUAAAGCAAUUUGGGCCAGAAGGGGAGGAAGGGAGUCUACAAAGAAGACUUGAGCAGGAAAGGAUAACAAAGGCGAAGAACAUGGCCCAUUAUCCCAACCAUCGUGGAUGGAUGUAUGACCGUUGUUAUAGUGGAAGGAGAGGUUUGAAAGAAUCCUUUGUCAUCGGAGUUGAAGAGUUCGUGGAGACGGCACGACGAUAUCAAUAUUAUGCCCUUGAUGGAGGGAUUCGAUGUCCAUGCAUCAAGUGCGAAUGUACAAGCAUUCUGAAAGAUGAAGUUGUCAAAGUUCACCUUUACCAAAAAGGGUUCAUGCCUAAUUACACGGUCUGGACAUUUCAUGGUGAAGAAAUUCCUUCGACCUCCACUGCAGCUGAAAAACGGCUUGCAUCAGGUUCGAAUACUGUUGUACAUACAUGUGAGAUAGAUCAAUUUGCCUACAUGCAAGAGAUGGUCGACCAUGCUCUUCGUCACCAUGUUGCAGAAGCAGACGAUAGUCAUGAUGAAGAGCCUCCAAAUGAAACGACGCAGAGGUUUUACAAUUUACUGACAGAGGCAAAUCUACCUGUAUUUGAAGGUUCAUCUGAGUCAAAAUUGUCAGUGUGCAUUAGACUCAUGGCUGGCAAAUCUAAUUGGAACGUUCCCAUUCAAGCAGUGGACUUCUAUACAAAACUGAUGUUAGAUUUGACACCACCAAACAAUUUGAUGCCGAAGAAUUAUUACCAAGCCAAAAAAUGUGUUUCAAAGUUGGGAUUGGAUGUGAAGAAGAUUGAUUGUUGUGUUAAUGGAUGUAUGUUAUUCUAUGACAAUGACAGUGGCAAAAAUGAUGCACUGUUGGUGGAAUGCAAGUUUUGUGGCUCACCUCGAUAUCAGACAAUGCAUGCUGGACGGAGGCAAAAAAAACCAAUUCCAUUAAAGUCCAUGUUCUACUUGCCUAUAAUUCCAAGAUUACAAAGAUUGUUUACUUCAAUGCAAACAGCAGAACACAUGACAUGGCAUGAUGGUAACAAAACUCCGGGACUUUUGCGUCAUCCUUCUGAUGGUGAAGCUUGGAAGCACUUCAAUCGUAAACAUCCAUCCUUUGCUAGUGAACCACGUAACGUUAGACUUGGUCUAUGCUCUGAUGGGUUUACCCCGUACAUUCAGGCGUCUGCAUCACCGUAUUCAUGUUGGCCCGUGAUAGUUACCCCAUACAAUCUACCACCUGAGAUGUGCAUGACAAAGCCUUACAUGUUUUUAUCGUGUAUAAUACCAGGUCCAUCUAAUCCCAAAUCAUUGAUUGAUGUUUACUUGGAGCCUUUGAUUGAUGAUUUGAAGAAGUUAUGGAAUGGUGUUUGGACGUAUGACGUUUCAAGGAGGCAAAAUUUCCUUAUGAGGGCAGCCUUGAUGUGGACUAUUAAUGACUUCCCAGCGUACGGCAUGUUAUCUGGUUGGAGCACACAUGGUCGAUUAGCUUGUCCACAUUGCAUGGAACAUACAAAGUCAUUCCAAUUGAGUCAUGGCCGGAAAAGUAGUUGGUUUGACUGCCAUCGACGGUUCUUGCCCAUUGAUCACCCCUUUAGAAGAAACAAAAAGGCAUUUCGAAAAGGACAAGUUGAAACGGAUAUGCCCCCGCCAAAGUUGACUGGAUCACACGUGUGGAGAAGAGUGAAAGACUAUCCAAAAGUGACUGAAUCUGGUCAGAAUAGGCUAGAAGGGUUUGGGGAAUGGCAUAAUUGGACUAAAAGAAGCAUAUUCUGGGAACUUCCCUAUUGGAAGGACAACUUGCUAAGACACAACAUCGAUGUCAUGCACACAGAAAAAAAUUUCUUUGACAAUGUCUUCAACACAGUCAUGGAUGUUAAAGGUAAGACAAAAGAUAAUGAGAAAGCAAGAAAAGAUUUACCUUUGUAUUGUGGACGAAAAGACUUAGAGUUGAAGGCACAAGGUAACGGCCGAUUAUUUAAACCAAAAGCAAAUUACACCAUGUCAAAAGACGAGACAAGAAUAGUGUGUCGAUGGAUCAAGGAGCUUAGAAUGCCAGAUGGAUAUGCUUCUAACUUGUCCAGAUGUGCCAAUGUUCAGAACGGUACUAUUCAAGGGUUGAAGAGUCAUGAUUGUCAUGUAUUCAUGGAGACUUUCAUCCCUCUUGCGUUCAGUUGUUUGCCAAUGCACGUGUUACAUCCACUGAUAGAAAUCAGUAACUUCUUCAAAGAUUUGUGUUGCACGACACUAAAGGAAGAUUCCCUUAAAAAGAUGGAUGAAAAUAUCCCGAUUAUUCUCUGCAACUUGGAAAGAAUAUUCCCUCCUGCAUUCUUUGAUUCAAUGGAGCACAUUCCAAUUCAUCUUGCAUAUGAAGCUUGGCUUGGGGGACCCGUGCAGUACAGGUGGAUGUAUCCCUUUGAAAGGUUUAUGGGAGAAUCCAAACGCUCAGUUAAAAAUAAAGCUAGAGUGGAAGGGUCAAUUUGUGCAGCUUACUUGCACAGAGAGACAACUUAUUUUUGUUCACAUUAUUUCAAGAACUUCAUGUUGUCUCCCACUCAUGUCAGAAAUGAAAUGCAAUGGCAAGUUGAACCACGUGAAGGUGCAUUAUCAGUUUUCCGACAAUCAGGCCGUCACGCAGGGAAAGAAUUCACUCACUGGUUAACUGAUGCUGAAUUCAACUCUGCUCAUGUCCAUGUCUUGAUCAAUUGCAGUGAAGUAAAGCCGUACCUUGACUCAUUUGUUGUGGCUGAGCAAGUCGCAGAAGGAAAUACUUCUGCUAGAAUACACUCAGAGUUUCCGCAUUGGUUUAGAAAUCAGGUUUUUAAUCAGGCAUUAACUCCCACGGUUCAAGAGUUAAGACAUCUCUCCAAUUGGCCAAUGAGAUGUGUCAAAGAAUGGCACACUUACUUCAUCAAUGGUUACAAAUUCCAUACACAUGAAUGGUCUAAAGGAAAGAAAACAUCAAAUUGUGGUGUGUAUGUCAAAGGCCUAACAGAGGGGUCUUAUGAUGAUUUCUACGGCAUCAUUCAUAAAAUAUAUGAGUUAGAGUACAACAGCACUACUUCUCCAAACAGAGUGGUACUCUUCUAUUGUGAAUGGUUUGAUCCUUCUAGAGCUGGUACUAGAGUCGAUCCACGCUUUAAUAUUGUCGAACUGAACCAGAGAUUAAGAUAUGGGCCUUUUGAUCCUUUCAUUCUACCAUCUAAUGUGAGACAGGUUUAUUAUGUGCCAUAUCCACCAUUUCGCAAUAUUGACAAGCGUGGUUGGGCCGUAGCAAUACAAACGAAGCCUAGAGGUCGCAUAGACUCAAAUGAAGUUGAGGAAGAUGUAGCCUACCAACUUGACCAAAUGUCACAACCACGAGAAAUUAUCGAAGUUGAACGUAUAACCGCAUUGGUCGACCCUGAUGGUGAUGGAGAUGAAUUAGAAGCAACAGUACAAGGUGAUGAAGAACAAGAGGAAGAAGAAGAAGAAGAACAAGAAGAAGAGGAAGAAGAUGAAGAAGAACAAGAAGAAGAAGAAGAUGAUGAUGAUGACGAUGAAGAAGAAGAACAAGCAGAAGAAGACGAUGAUGAAGAUGAAGAUGAUGAUCAUGAUGACGAUGAUUGAAUGUUGAACAUCUAUUGUAGCAAAUUGGACUAUCAUUUCAUUACCAUUAUCUAAAAUACCAUCUUUAAGUUGUAUGCAAUUACUUGUACAUUGACUUUGAAAACAAUUCAUCCUUCUUUAUUUAUUUAUAUUUAUUCGCUUUGUAUGUAACCAUUUCAAUGCAGUAAUGA